ACACUGCGAAGUAACCCUAACCGCCACCAGCCUCCGCCUCUCCUCCCAGUGCCCGCCGCCGUGCGCUUGCUCUCCCUCUCCCUCAAGGACUUCGCCGGCGAAGAGAGCCUAGUCGCCUAGCAGGAUGAAGUUUAUUGCUGCCUACCUGCUUGCUGUCCUCGGUGGGAACCUCAGCCCCUCUGCUGAGGACUUGGCAGCCAUUCUGGAGUCAGUUGGCUGUGAAGUUGACAAUGAAAAGAUGGAACUCCUGUUGUCCCAACUGAGCGGUAAGGACAUUACCGAGCUCAUUGCUGCAGGCAGGGAGAAGUUUGCUUCAGUCCCAUGUGGCGGUGGCGGCGUGGCUGUCGCGGCAGCUGCGCCUGCUGCUGGCGGAGCUGCUCCUGCAGCUGAGGCGAAGAAAGAAGAGAAGGUGGAAGAGAAGGAAGAAAGUGAUGAUGACAUGGGCUUCAGCCUCUUCGAUUAAGCUGUGUUGUCAUCAGAGUAUUCUUUUGAGUCGUGGAACCAGAGGAAAAUCAUAGUCAUGUUUGGAGACUUUAACCUUGUUUUAUGUUGGAAAGUACUUGAAAGACUCCUGUCUUUUUAUGUGGUAAUUCAGCUGUAGGUUGCUAUGCUGGUUGGGGUUUCCAGGUGAACCAGAGUUUUUCUAUCCUAUAUUAUGAAUCGGUUACCAGAAGUUUCUUGAUUGUUCAA